CGCCAUAAUUGCCGUGUUUCAGAGCGGCGUUCCGGGCUGCUCCUCGGAACUAUAAAAGCCCCGGUCGAUCGGUAGCAGAGCAUACUCGUUCUUCAGUAACCGGUAGAACUCCACAAAAUCAUUCAAAGAUGUACAAGCUAAUCGUCCUCGCCGCCCUUGUGGCCGUUGCCGUCGCCGCCCCAGGAGCUCUUUUAGCUUCGUCGCCGGUCGUCUCAGCUUAUUCUGCUCCAGCUGCUGUGGUCGGUUCUCCAUUGGCAUACAGCGCGUAUUCCGCACCCUACUACGGAACAUACGGAGGAUACGUGCCAUCUUUGGCAUACUCUUCACCUUUGGCCUACAGAUCUGCCUACGGUUACCCUUACGCCAGUCCCUACGCCUACUACCACUAGAAAACUGACCGCGAAGACAUCAUGAUUAGGGACGAUCGAUUUAUUCGAUCGCCUGAAAUCAAGGAACAACACUAACCGCACGCGCAUUCACGAAAAUUUGGAUUAUACCUUGUAAUCUAUUACAAAAAAAAAAAUAAAAAAUUCUUAUGUAACAUAAACAAGUUGAAUGAAAAAUAAAACAAAAUUGAUUAUCAAUUAA